AUGGCCUUUUAUGAAACAGUUCUGGUUGCAUCCCUAGCCUUGUGGGCGAUAUAUAAAUGGUUAACAAUUCACAACAAUGAAUUUAAGAAACGUAAUAUACCCUAUGAGAAACCAUAUCCUGCAGUAGGUAAUUUCGGUAAAGUUGUGAUGAACAAAGAGUCAGUCCACAAAACAGUUCUAGAAUUCUAUAAACGUAAUAAAACGCACAAAAUUGUGGGUUUCUUCAAUUUUCGUAAUCCAGUUUAUUUUAUCAAUGAACCAGAGAUGAUUAAGAAAAUUUGCAUUAAAGACUUUGAUAACUUUCCAAAUCAUACACCUUUUAUUAAUGUUGACGGCGACCCUUUGCUAGCUGGUAUGCUUUCUAUAAUGAAGGAUCAGCGUUGGAAGGAUAUGCGUAAUACAUUGACACCAGUUUUCACUGCAGCCAAAAUGCGUAAUAUGUUUCCAUUGAUGAACGAAUGCUUUAGUGAGUGCAUAAAGAAUUUAAAGAUGCAACUGCCAAAUGGCAGCUGUGAACUUGAAAUGAAACAAAUCAUAUCGAAACUCUCGAAUGACAUUAUCGCUUCGACUGCUUUUGGAAUAAGUAUUAAUUCACAUGAGGACCCAAAUAAUAAAUUCUAUAACAUUGGUCAAACAGUUACCAAUUUAAGAGGCACACAAAUGCUAAAGGCUAUGAUUUCGAAUGUAGCACCUUGGAUUUUAAAGGGUCUUGGCAUAAAAGUUUUCGAUCAAGAAAAAACAGAUUACUUCAUUCGGCUUGUCGUUGAUGCCAUGAAAUACCGUGAGAAGAACAACAUUGUACGUCACGACAUGAUUCAACAGUUACUAGAAGCUAAGAAAGAAUCCGCACAACACUGGUCUGACGAAGAAAUCGUUGCACAAUGUUUCGUUUUCUUCUUCGCUGCUUUUGAGAAUAACACAAACUUGAUUUGUGCGGCAAGUCACGAAUUAAUGUCAUAUCCUGAUGUUCAACAACGUUUGUAUGAGGAAUGUCUUGAAAUCAAAAAGGAAUUACAGGACCAACCGUUUAAUUAUGAUACAGGAAAUAAGAUGAAAUAUAUGGAUAUGGUGAUUAAUGAAACACUCCGCAAAUGGUCUUUUGCUCCACUCACUGAUCGUGUUUGUUCUAAGGAUUAUAAACUGACAGACGAAGACAAUAAUUUAGUUUUUGAAUUCAAAGUUGGUGAUCGCGUCUGGUUUCCAAUCAGUGGUUUACACAUGGAUGAACAACAUUUUGAGAAUCCUGAUGUGUUUGAUCCAGAACGUUUCAGUGAUGAUAACAAAGGAAAUAUUAAACCAUUCACAUAUAUUCCAUUUGGUGCAGGACCUAGAAAUUGCAUAGGUAAUCGUUAUGCACUGAUGCAGGCAAAAGCAAUGUUAUACUAUUUAGUUAUUAACUGUAAACUGGAACGAUCAGAAAAUACUGUAAAAGAUAUUUUCGAUGAUAUGCGUGGUUUUAAUACAAGUCCGAUUGGAGGCUUUUGGAUGCGUUUUGUGUCAAGAAACUAACUAACCUAAUGGUUGAUUUAUUGCACUAAUUUUGUGUACAUACAAUUUGGUUAUCAAACGAUUGAACUAUAUAGGUGAAUGUAA